AUGGCUGUGACAGUGACAACUACAACAAAUGCAGCAACAACCACAACACCUUCUCUUAGUACUACAUCUCCUCCAACGACAACUCCUGUAAUGACAACCCCUGCUGUGACCACUGCAUCUGAAUCAGCAACCACAACUCCUACAGCAACAACCACAACACCUGCUACACUGACAGCUACAACACGUUCUGCAACAACAACUCUUACAGGUGUUCCAACAAGUCCUACAGUGACAACCACAACUGUUCCAAUGACAUCUCCUACAGUGACAACCACAACAACUGUUCCAAUGACAUCUCCUACAGUGACAAGUAGAACAACUGCAACACCUUCUCUGAGUACUACACCUCCUCCAGCGACAACCCUUGCAGCAACAACACCACCACCUGCUCAAACAACAACCCCUGCCAUGACCGCAGAAUCUGAAUUGGCAACCACAACACCUGCUAGAAGAACAACUGCAGAAACAGCCACAACACCUGCUCCAACAACAACUAUAACAGGUGUUCCAACAACUCCUACAGUGACAACCACAACAAUACCUGCUCCAAUGACAUCUACAGCGACAACUACAACCCCUGCUCCGACCACAACUGCUGAAUCACCAACAACACCACCUGCUCCAACAACUACGAAAACUGCAAAUACUACAACACAAGGCAAGUAG